AUGAGUCUUGAAAGCUCUGAAAAUGGAGCUCUUGGGAAGCGGCCUCUUACUGAGGUGAGUACCAAUUCUCCGGAAAUUUUAAGCUCGAAAGAAGAGGGAUCGAAGAAACCUAGAGUUCAGGACGAAGAGAAGCAGAUUUUCGACGAUGCGCCACCGGCAGAUGAGCUUGAAGAUGUCGUCGACGAUUAUGUGCCGAAACAGGCUUCCGAAGACCAAAACGGUCACAAAAUGGGAUGGAAAGCGGACCAAAAUGGGGAAAGCGCGCCAGAUACCAAUGACCUUUAUUUGCCCAAGCCGGUUCUAUUCCCAAUCGAUAUUUUGCAUAAUCCGGAUACUGGCAAGUACAAGUUUCCAUUCAUAUCCAAGGAGGAUUCUCUGGCCGCCAGGUCUUACCUAAAAUAUUACGGAUCCGCAGAAUUUCUCGAUACACAUUUGCCGAAUGAUUUGAACUCGUUGUACAUCUACCAUUUAAUAAAACUAUUGGGGUUCCAAAUCAAAGACAAACAGCUGCUAGAAGCUGUUCAAGCGGUGGCGGAAGACGAUAUUUAUCCGCAGGGAGUUUCUCUGCUGGCUAAAGGCAAUGGAAUAAAUGGUGCUGCUGGCGUCACACGAGCUGGUGUUAGUAACACCCGCACCUCGAAUGAACCUCAAAAUAUGGAAAAGAGCCCAGAUUCAGAUGGGAGCGAUUAUUUCGACGAUCCAUUGGAAAAAAAACACGCUGUGCGUUUAAUAAAAGAUCUACAAAAAGCCAUGAAUAAAGUGUUGAGCACGAGAAUGAGAUUGGCCAACUUUCACACCUUGGACGAUUUUUGUAACAAGUUGAAGACUGCAAAGAAAGUUUUGGUAUUGACUGGCGCGGGGAUCUCCACCUCGCUGGGUAUUCCGGAUUUCAGAUCUUCUGAAGGUUUUUACUCGAAAAUCAGACACUUGGGACUUGACGAUCCUCAGGACGUGUUCAAUUACGAGAUUUUCAUGCAGGAUCCCUCUGUGUUUUACAAUAUCGCACAUAUGGUCUUGCCUCCAGAAAACCUAUACUCUCCGCUGCACAGCUUUAUUCGCAUGAUUCAGGACAAGGGUAAAUUGCUCAGAAAUUAUACCCAGAAUAUAGACAACUUGGAAUCCUACGCCGGUAUACAAUCCGAGAAAAUGGUUCAAUGCCAUGGAUCAUUUGCUACAGCGUCCUGCGUUACUUGCCACUGGAAGCUGCCAGGUGAAAGAAUUUUCGAAAACAUAAGAAACCUCGAGCUGCCACUGUGCCCGUAUUGCUACAAGAAGCGCAAGGAAUUUUUUCCUACCCAUCCACCGGGAUCCGAAGAAAAUGGGACUGAAAAUUUCAACAGCGUUUUUAGCCACGUCUUGAAAUCUUACGGUGUAUUGAAGCCUGAUAUCACAUUCUUCGGUGAAGCAUUACCUUCGAAGUUUCAUCGUUUUAUCCGUGAUGACGUUCUCAAGUGCGAUCUUCUCAUCUGCAUCGGCACCAGCUUGAAAGUGGCCCCUGUUUCCGAGAUUGUGAACAUGAUUCCCGCAUACGUCCCUCAGGUACUGAUCAACAAAGACCCCGUAAGACAUGCUGAGUUUGAUCUCUCUCUACUCGGUUUCUGCGACGAUGUCGCUGCUCUUGUGACUCAGAAAUGUGGCUGGUCCAUGCCUCAUAGUAAGUGGCCUAUUCUCAAAGACAACGACUAUGAGUUUGUCGAAAAUGAGAGAGGCGCCUACAUCGUUCGUCCCAAACAAGCUGAACAACAAGAAGUUACGCAAGAGUAA